UAUCUAAAUCCCUCAUUGCCCUCAAAAUUUUCAUUUUUCUCUUUAUUCCGCAAACCUUUGCUUUCGUCGCCUUCCUUUUCCGAGAUUCUUAAAAGCCUCUCUGACUCUCUUUAUUAAUUUGUUUUGUUAUUUUUUUUUUUUUCUUUCGCUACCCUCCUUGAAAUCUCACACUUCGAUCAGAUCUCCGCACCUACCGACCUGAGAAACAUACCCUCAUAGCUGCUUAUCCAUGACGCUUGGCUCAGGAGGAUCGAGUUGCGUGGUACCACGGAACUUCAGAUUGCUGGAGGAACUUGAACGUGGGGAAAAAGGCAUUGGAGAUGGUACUGUCAGCUAUGGAAUGGAUGAUGGAGAUGACAUUUACAUGCGCUCUUGGACUGGUACCAUAAUUGGUCCUCACAAUACUGUACAUGAAGGUCGAAUUUAUCAGUUGAAGUUGUUCUGUGAUAAAGAUUACCCAGAGAAACCACCAAGUGUUCGUUUUCAUUCACGGAUCAACAUGACUUGUGUUAACCAUGAAACUGGAGUGGUUGAGCCCAAAAAGUUUGGACUUCUUGCAAAUUGGCAGAGAGAGUAUACCAUGGAGGAUAUACUGACACAGCUGAAGAAGGAGAUGGCUGCUCCACAUAACAGGAAGUUGGUUCAGCCUCCCGAAGGUACCUACUUCUAGCUUCCGAGACCGUAUGGAUACCAUGGAUCAUAUUGCAUAUAAUGCAAAUAUGCAAUAUGCGAUAUAUAGUUUGUAAUCCUGUUAUGAUCCCGUUGAAGUUAAGAACAGACAUGGGAAUGCUCCAAAAAGCUUCUCCUAUUACCUCUCCAUGGCUUUGACGUUGUUUUAUCAUUGUCUUUUAUCAAAUUGUGUUGAAAGGAUGCUGUUUGAUUAAGGGACUUUAUGUGUGUCAAAUAUUUAAAUACCCCUUUUAACUAGUAUCAUUUCUAGCUUCAUCAGUGGUAAAGUUUCUUUCUUCUUCU